AUGACAGAGGGAAUAUUAAAAAAUAUAGAUGACCUCGAAAAGCAUCUUAAAAACGCCAAAACGAAUAACAGCAGAACAGAGGGAGGAAAUACUUACAAAAGCCUCGGCAACGCUUAUUUCUCCCUCAGCGACUUCUACAGAGCAAUAUAUUACCACAACCAACACCUGAGCAUUGCCCAGGAAGUCGGCGACAGGGCCGGAGAAGGAAGUGCCUAUGGCAAUCUCGGCAAUGCUUAUCACUCCCUCGGCAAAUUCCAAGAAGCAAUAAAUUACCACAACCAAGACCUGAGCAUUGCCCAGGAAGUCGGCGACAGGGCCGGAGAAGGACGUGCCUAUGGCAAUCUCGGCAAUGCUUAUCAAUCACUCGCCAAAUUCCAAGAAGCAAUAAAUUACCACAACCAAAACCUGAGCAUUGCCCAGGAAGUCGGCGACAGGGCCGGAGAAGGACGUGCCUAUGGCAAUCUCGGCAAUGCUUAUCACUCCCUCGGCAAAUUCCAAGAAGCAAUAAAUUACCACAACCAAGACCUGAGCAUUUCCCAGGAAGUCGGCGACAGGGCCGGAGAAGGACGUUCCUACGGCAAUCUCGGCAAUGCUUAUCAAUCACUCGCCAAAUUCCAAGAAGCAAUAAAUUACCACAACCAAGGCCUGAGCAUUGCCCAGGAAGUCGGCGACAGGGCCGGAGAAGGACGUGCCUAUGGCAAUCUCGGCAAUGCUUAUCAAUCACUCGCCAAAUUCCAAGAAGCAAUAAAUUACCACAACCAAAACCUGAGCAUUGCCCAGGAAGUCGGCAACAGGGCCGGAGAAGGACGUGCCUAUGGCAAUCUCGGCAAUGCUUAUCACUCCCUCGGCAAAUUCCAAGAAGCAAUAAAUUACCACAACCAAGACCUGAGCAUUUCCCAGGAAGUCGGCGACAGGGCCGGAGAAGGACGUUCCUACGGCAAUCUCGGCAAUGCUUAUCAAUCACUCGCCAAAUUCCAAGAAGCAAUAAAUUACCACAACCAAGGCCUGAGCAUUGCCCAGGAAGUCGGCGACAGGGCCGGAGAAGGACGUGCCUAUGGCAAUCUCGGCAAUGCUUAUCAAUCACUCGCCAAAUUCCAAGAAGCAAUAAAUUACCACAACCAAGGCCUGAGCAUUGCCCAGGAAGUCGGCGACAGGGCCGGAGAAGGACGUGCCUAUGGAAGUCUCGGCAACGCUUACUACUCCCUAGACAACGUCCAAAAAGCAUCGGUGUAUUACAAACAGCACCUGAGCAUUGUCAAGGAAGUCAGUGACAGGGCCGCAGAAGGACUUGCCUAUGGCAAUCUGGGCAUGGUUCAAUACUAUCUCGAAAGCUUUCAACAAGCAAUAGAGUAUCAAAAGAAAAGCCUGAGCAUUGCCAAGGAAGUCGGCAACAGGGCUGGAGAAGGACUUGCCUAUUGCAGUCUCGGCAUGGCUUAUAAGUCUCUUGAAGAGUUUCAACAAGCAAUAGAGUACUUAAGGAAAUAUCGGAGCAUUGCUGAGGAAGUCGGUAACAAGUUUCUUGAAGGAGACGCAUAUUGCAGGCUGGGAGAAUGUCUUUUACAGUUAGGUUGUUGGAAAGAAGCUUUAUUUCAUUUUAUAACCAGCGUAGAAAUCCUUGAUGCUAUCAGGGCCAGUUGCAUUUCGGACGAUGUACUGAAAAUAAGUUUUCGUAAUCUUUGUAAAGGUGCCUACACUUGUUUGUGGCAGGUUUUAAUAAAGCUUCAACUGACGGAUGAGGCUUUAUAUGCUACCGAGAAGGGACGAGCACAGGCCUUAGUAGAUGCGUUGAAAAUAAAUUAUGGCUUAACAUCCUUUUCGCUCCUGAAGUCAAAUGAAUCUGAAGAAGAACUCACAAUUAUUUUAAAGAAGAUAUCUGUUUCGACAGUUUUUCUGGCAGUUCAAAAAGGAACAAUGAAUAUGUGGGUCCUGAGGAAGGAAAGGAAAGCUAUUUUUAGGCAAGCGGAGCUUAAAGUUGAAGGUGCGUGGGAAGAUUAUUUUGCAGUACUUUUAGAAACUACUUUGAAAAACAUUAAGGCCGGCGUCAAUGUUAUUUGUGAGAAUCGGUCAUUGGAUGAGCGAAAGGAUAACCAAACUUCCAGUACUGAAAAGGAGGAUCAAACAUUGGAGCUGUCGCACGAGACUAUCGACUGUUUUAAGCCACUGUAUGAUGCAAUCAUUGGUCCCAUUGAAGACUUGCUUGAUGGUGAUGAACUCAUUGUAGUCCCUGAUGGCGCCUUGUUCUUAGCUCCUUGGGCCGCGCUAAGUGAAUCUUUAAGGAUCCGCACAGUUCCCUCACUGACAAGUCUGAAAUUAAUCAUAGAUUCACCAGAUGAAUACCACUGUAAAAGUGGCGCCCUGCUUGUUGGAGAUCCAUGUCUGAAGAAAGUUACGAAUAAAGGGGGUUAUCCUAUUUAUGAUCAACUGGAAUACGCAAAAAAGGAAGUGGAGAUGAUUGGAGAAAUUCUUAAGUGCCAACCACUGACGGGAGAGGCAGCGACCAAAAAAGAAGUUCUUCGCAGAAUAAAUUCAGUUGCUUUGGUUCACAUUGCAGCACACGGAACUAAAGAAACUGGUGAAAUUGCUUUGGCUCCAGACCCUUGCUGGGAAUCCAAGAUUCCUGAGGAGGAGUAUUUUUUGAGAAUGUCUGAUAUACAAGCUGUUAAACUGAGAGCCAGGCUGGUUGUCCUUAGUUGCCCUCAUAGUGGCCAAGGAGAGGUCUCGUCUGAGGGUGUGGUCGGUAUUGCUCGGGCUUUCUUGUUUGCUGGUGCUCGUUCCGUGGUGGCGACACUCUGGGCAAUUGAUGACGAAGCAACCCUGGAGUUUAUGAAAAGUUUUUACCAACACCUGAGGGGUGGAGAAAGUGCUAGUUCUGCUCUUCAGAGGGCCAUGAAAUGUCUCCGGGACUCGGACAAGUAUUCUGCCCCAAAGUACUGGGCUCCAUUUGUACUGAUUGGUGAUGACGUUACGAUUGAAUUUGAUGAAAGUAACCGCUAA